CGUUUGUGUAUGUCGUCCGUCAUAUGUAUAAUCAAUGCACUCACUCACACGGAUUGAGGAAUGGCUAUACACAACACACAUGACGAGCCCUUUGGUAGGCGUGUGCCACUCUUACUCCACCUCACCCCAUCCGAUCAGAUCCGAUCCAUCAUCGGCUGUCUGCCUCACCACCUGACCUUUCCGUUACCCCCACCUCCCCGCCUCCCAUCCAGCGAGAACGCGCUCGCUGACCGGCCCAAACUCCUGCCGGGCUGACCCCCACCACCACCACCAACGCCGCUCCUCUUCUUCGAGUAGUAGUUCCUCAGCAGAAAGGCAGCCACACGAUCGUUGGCCUCGCUGCUGUGGUGGGAGGAGGCACCAACGACUGACCCAUCUCGUCUCCCGUGGUCACCAUGCAUCCGGCCGCCGCCCUUGGUGGCUGAUCGAGAGUCGGUGGGCUGCUGCUGUGGUGGUGUGGGCAGCCGAAUGGGGAGGUUCAGAGGGGGCACGUUGACAGGGCGGCCAGACGGCGACCGCGACAAGAGGCUGGCGAAGGGCGGGUGGGUGCUGGAGUGAGCCGGUGGGGGGCGGUGCGACGUGUCUGUGUCAGAGGGCGAGUACUCAUCGGCUUGGGCCAUGAUGGAUGACGACGCUGACCGAAGACCGACAAGGUGACCGUUCUGUACCCCCAGAACCCCACACAACACAAACAGAACCACACAAAUCAAAGAAGGAUUGAGGGUGUUGACACGCCUGCCUCCGCCUCACCUCUGAUAGUGUCUUCAUAGCAGGCCGGGCGGCAGCCUCCUUCUCCCUCACCGCCUCUGAUGCGUCAGCUGGCGCAUGAGGCGACAGCUCAUCCCCAGGGGCGAUCUCCGACAGCACAGCAUGGGGCAGCCGCCGAACCAGAGACGCCUGGAGCGCACGAUCGAGCAACGCGUCCACCUGCCGCACCUCAUCGUCACCACCAGCCAAUGGAGAACCGCUCAACCCAUCAGAAGCACCAGCACCAGCACCCCCGCCCUCUUCGGAUGGAGCCGAGGAUGCCGGAAAGGACACCGUGACGGCCGGCCGGUUGCCGCCACUGCCGUCGCCGCGAUACAUCCGCAGAGAAGGUGGCACACCCGACUGCGCCUCUGGCGGCAAUGGUGGGAGAGCUGGUGGGGUGCGAUGAUGGGCGGGCUGCACCGGGUGGUCGGGGGAAAUGGAGAGCGGUGCGAGUGGUGGCGAGCUCUCGGCAGCUGUGGGCUUUGGGACGGUCUGAGGGCGGGGCGGCUUGGCGUUUGGCUGGCGAAGCACUUGCAUCAGCUGACAGACAGACAGACAGAUCAGAGAUAAACGAGAAAAUGGUUUGUUGGCUUCUUCUGUGUCUGCUGCGGAUCGCCCUGUCACCGGUGCAGCUGACCUGUGCAGUUGCAUCCUUGUAGAGGGAGUCUAGGUGUUUGUUGAGCUGCUCCUCGUAGUCGAGGCGCCUCUUGAGGCUCGCGAGCGUCGACAGCCACCGAUGGUGGUCCGCCUGCACUCACACACACAUACACACACACAUGUAACUAAGGUAUUGCCUACAUCCAUAUGCCGCACAAAGUGCCUGUGAAUGUCCGACCUUGUGCUGCGCCUGCAGGGCUUCGAGGACAUCUCUUUGACUCGACGUGGCCACGGCCGAUGCACUGCACACGUGGCCACACGAACAGUAAGUGAAAUGACCGAGAUGAAAUCGAGAGAUUCGAGAUCGCAUUCGACCCACUUGGCUCGCUGCACAAAUCGAUUCCAGCGCGUCCAUGCAGUCGUCAAGCUCCUCCGAAACACCCAGCCGACUCUCCUGCAGAAGACAAGAGCCAAAACCACAAGAAAUGACGCAAUAGACGGGUGUUUGCAGCCUUCGCACCUGGAUAAUAUCCCCGCAGCCUUCAUCGUCCUACCAGCAGCGACCCGUCCCCGCAGCGACUCCCACACAGGCGCACAAACACGCCUCCUGGCCUUCAACAGGCGGUCGGCCAGGACCGAUGCCAAGGCACUGAUGGGGGUGGCCGUCUGGGCGAGCAUCUGUCCGUCUCUGUGUGGGUGCAUGGCUGCCCGCCAGCCCACGAGAGCCCGCCACCUCCUGCUGGUGUGCAGCCUGGUGACCAGCCUGCGGAGGGCGUCCUUGCUGCGUCUGGUUGUGUCGCGCCAUGCGGCUAUGAUGGCGUGGAGUGAGCGCUGCUGCUGCACGAGGGCGAGGUGCUGCUGGUGGGUCUCGAUGAGCUUCCACUGCUUGACAUCCUUGUCGUGCAACAACCUGACACACACACACACACACACACAGGGGAAAUUGCGUGGUCCCGUGCAGUUGGUUGUGUUGGUUUUGCUCACUUGUUCCUCUCCUCCCGCAUGAGGUCGCACCCCUGUGCCAGCAGCUUGGCAGCAUGCACACAGUCGCGGCGUAUGGUGCCGACCAGCUCACUCGGGGGAUCUCUGAUCGUUGGUUGACCAACAAUAAGACAAGACAGACACCAGCGGCAUGAGGGCAGCCGUGCCAGCCAGCACUUCCCUUCCUUCGUGCACUUCUCCUCCGUCACCUGUACAGCUCCCCCAGACGUCUGAAUGCCUCCGCGUGCUUGACCUUCGCCGCCUUGCGCAGCACCUCCAGCCCUCCAGCGGGGUCACGCACUGUGGAGCCGCCCAAAGUGCCCUCCAGAUAGCCACAGCCCAGAGCAUACAGACACUCCGGGUCUCCCAAGUCAGCACCGCGACGCAGCCAGCGCACUCGCUCAAGCUGAACAGAAACACAUACAGGGGGAAUGUCUGGGCGCUUGGUCAAUCGGGUCGAGUAGCUGUGGUGGUUUCCUCACCUGUCUGGCGCUGUUUUCCUUCGAGCGUGCCGCGAGCGACUGCGGCGCGUCAUCGAGCUUGGCCAACAGAGGACACGCCGAGGCCUAUGGACACACACGCGCGCGCGUAGGCAGACCACACACAGUCUGUGUACUCAUCAUUGAGUCGGCAAUCCAAUCCAGUCCAUCGCCCACCUCAUCCUGGUCGGCAGCACGGAUGAGCAUCUGCCUAGCGGUGACCGGGUCCUUCGGGCCAAGGAUGCCCUGCUGCUUGACGCGCGCCAGCUCCACCAGUGCCCUGCCGUGGCCUGAUGAUGCCGCCCUAGUCAGGUAGGUGCUGUAGCCCUCCACAUCAACACACUGACCCUCCUUGGACAACUUUGCCAGCACUGACGGAUGGAUAGAUGGAUGGAUGGAUGGACACAUACACACACACGCGCAGCAGGGGGUGAAUGGAUCAUUCGUUGACCUUACGGCUUCUCGUGGUUGAAUUUCCUUACCGAAUGAGGCCUCUGCGUAGCCCAUCUGCGCCGACUCUUUGAGAUGCCUCACAGCAGCCUUGACGCAUACCGGCACACCGCCUUCCCCGCACAGGUGCCUGAGGCCGGUCAUGUAAGCCUUCUCGGCGGCUGCAUGAUGAGUGCCGCGCAGCCGCGCACCGCCGACCCCUUGGCUCUCUGUCAUGGUUUGGCGCUCAUCGGCGAGAAGUGGC